AUGAUGUCUUCCUAUUUUCCAAAAGCCUUAAACGGAGCUACCAUUGUUGAUAUCAGAGGAACCACAACUGAUAAAAUCAUCAUCUCCAAAGUGUUCAAUGGACAUGUCAAAGCAUCUUCAACUGAUAAAAUCAUUAUUGUGCUUCCAACUUGGGAAGAUGUUACUGAAUUGCAGCCAAGAAUGGAUGAUAUCUCGAGAUGCCCCGGAAAACUGAUCAUUGUUACAGCUUCUGCUCCUCAAGGAUCAGACUCUGUCUGUGGAAGUGCACAUUGUGCAUUAGCACAUUACUGGAGCCUCAAGAUGAACAAGUGUGACUUUGUGGCUUACGCGGUGACUCCUCUCUCCCUGGCCUACUGA